AUGUACAACCUCACUUGCACAGAUGGUUACCAUGUCGGUGGCCAGGGCGAUGUCUAUGUACUUGAUCUUCACCGUCUCAACUCUGGCCUAGCCGCCAUAUCCUCGGAUCAGAAGCUCACCCUCUUCCAUCCCGCGCGAUUGGGCCAGGGUCCGAUCAAGUCAUUUCCGACGAGCCAUGGCAAUCUAACAUGCUUGAAGACAUAUGAUGCAUCGGAAUCUAUCGUCUGUACUGCAGGUGAAAACGGCGAGGUUUCCGUUUGGGAUUUAAGGGAGAACUCAAAACCACAAGUCGCACAUUUUGGAGCAAGCCAAGCUCCCAUUCUCUCCCUGGCAUGUGACGCAAGAAGCAACACAAUAGCAGUCGGAACGGAACUACAGAACCACACUGCUUCCGUAUUACUUUGGGACAUCAGAGCCGGUCCUACACAAAGACUCCAGUACGACGAAGUUCAUAGCGAUGACGUGACAGAGCUUCGCUUCCACCCUUCCCAAGCGCACGUUCUCCUCUCUGGAUCUACCGACGGCAUUGUCAAUAUCUACGACACGCGCAUCUCAGACGAGGAUGAAGUCGUAAUUCAGGCCCUCAACCAGGGCUCUGUUCACCACGCCUCUUUCCUUAGCGACACCGAGGUCUAUGUACUGACGCAUGACGAGAAGUUUGCCGUCUACAGCGUUGCAGAUGAUUGCCAAACCGGAGCUGCUCUUGUCGACUUUGGCGACGCCAGAGAGACGCUUGGCUGCCAGUACAUUGCCAACGUUACGACAAAGGUCGAUGGCAGCGGUGCUAUUGUCGGUGUUGGUUCGCAAGAGCGCCAGGUCUUCGAACUGGUGCAUCUGUCGCGAACGAAUGAGGGCAGCUGGGGAUUCGAUAGAGCGAACAGCGUCGGUCUGCCUGGAGGCCACGGUGAGGAGAUCAUCCGCUCGUUUUGCUUCUAUGACGACGAGCAGGUCGUCUUCACUGCUGGCGAAGACGGAAACAUCAAGGCCUGGAGACCCAACUGA